CCGCGGUCUCUUCCCCUUGUAAGUCACGUAGCGCAGGGUCAAGAAUGGCUUGGCUUCAAAAUGUGGCUUUUUUUUCCUGCUCCCUCCUUCAGCUGCACUUUUCCCGCGACACACUUCAGUCACAAGAUGAAUGCAGUCAGCUACAGCAUGACAUAGACAAGCUAUAGACAGUUGAGAGAGGAAGAAGUCAGUGGCACCCUCACCUCAGACAAGACAAAGCUAACAAUUGAUAAUGAAAGCGGUGCCAGAGAAGCGAUGCCUUCACCCACGCUGUGUUCACCACGAUGGAGGAGUGCCCACACUUCCAGGACCUUACUGUUAAGAGGUUCCUGAAGACCCUACUUGAGCACAACCGCCGAGACAUUCUCUCCAAGCCGGAGAAGUUUGUGCGCCUGAAGCCAGGGAGUGAUGCUGUUAAGACCUUCACUCUGUCUAUCCAGAGGGAUCCGCAGGUGCUGGUGGUGGAAUCUUGCUUGGACAGUGUGCCUGUAACACACAGGCACAUUUCUCCAAAAGGUGACACAUUAUCUUUCAGAAUGGCUUCACUCCUGCAAAACAACUGUGUACUUUUCUCUCACAAAUCCACACACAGCAGGAACAUUUUCCUAAGAGGAUGCUGUUCUUAUGUGUUGCAGUGCUGUGUCUCUCACUUUCAACAAGCUCUAGUGGAAGUUAAGGGGAGUUUCAAUAGUGUUUUUAUGAUUUGAAUGACUGAACAUUGGUGACAUUCCUCAGGUUGACGCUGUGCUGCCGGUACUGUCGCCUCAGCUUCUGCGUCAGAUUCAGAACAGAGACUUCAGCAGAGAGAGUGAGUGGGAGAAACGCUACAACCGCUUUGCCCACUCGAUGAUGCUAGACCAGCAUGUGGAGUACGGGAGCAAGAAUGGGUUCUGCCGUGCCGUUUGUCCUGCCAGAUUCCCGGAGGAGACCAGCAGCAGCAGCAGCAGCAGCAGCAGCACACAAGAGGUGUUUUCUGUAUGAUGAUGAUAAUGGAAAAAGCAUGUUAUAAGCAGGGCAACGUAAUGAAAUUCAGUGAAUGGACGUGUGUGCGUGGCUGCAAUCACUAUGAAAUUAAGUUGAAAAUAAGAAAUAUAUUACUUUACAGAAAGGAAUGCUUAGAGUGAAUGAAAAUUACUGUAAUGAAUGAAUGGAAAUAAAGUUGUGAGUCAUUAAAUGAUUAGGAAAAGAAGCUGUGAAUAGGUACAUUACUGUUAUUACUGAAAGGAAGAAUAUUUGUAGGAUAUGUCAUGUAUAUUAUCAAAGUGUUUUCAUUCUUACUUUCUUCUUUCUCUUUCAUCUUUUCUUAGUAUAUUUAAGUGAAUUUCUCUCUCUCUCUCUCUCUCUCUCGCUCUCGCUCUCUCUCUCUC